CGUAUUCAGUUAACCUGAACGAUGAAUGUAUUUUAUCUUAGGAGUUUACUGAUCGUAUCCAAUGUAUGUGUUUAUGGCUUACCACUUGAGCCCGGUGAAUCGAUAAUAUCUGCGGUUACUCCUUAUGGAGGAUGGAUCAUUGGAAACCUAGAAUCAGGUCACGCAUUAGCCGAGAGUCAAAAACAUCAAUAUCAUAUAGAACAAAAAUCAGAAAAGUUUUUCUUAAAUCCUGCUAAGAUUGCUCAUCAUAUUAAAGGGAAAAAAGCUUUACGUAACUUCGAAGCUCAUACAAAAAAUGUCAGUCAAUUAGGCAUUGCACAACAAACAGGUCUCGCUAAGGUGACAAGAAGUAAAAGCGGAAAUAAGAAUCAUUAUGAGGCCGUACAAAGAACUUGAAAAAAUCUAUUCGAAGUAUCCUUUUGCGCCAAUGAUCAAACAACCAAGAUUUACUUUUUGACUUCCUUCUUCUCCCG